GGCAGGUGGUGACAAUAAGCUAUUUGCGCCAUAACAAUCAUUCAAAUAUUCGUUAAAUUCCCAAUUUCUAACUGAUUACUCGUACGUUACAUGGAAAUAACAUCGCCUGGACUUCGUACAAUGCACCAAUUUCAUUCGCGAGUUUUCAGCACGCCUUUUACACGAAUAUAAAGCUAUGUUCAAGAUGAAAGGAGGUUAGGAAUGUGGAAAGUAGUCCAGGAAAAUACUGGAGGGCAACAUGAGGUGAUGCAUCCGGAGACAUGGCAGAAUUCUUGCCACUAUGCGACUUACUGUUCAACAUAGUGUCCCUCGCAGCGUAUUUCUGCGACCUGGUGUUCGAUUUGCUGGUGGUAUACGCUCUGUACGCGAACGCCCUCACGGUCACCUUCUCCCAAUGCCUGGGCGCCAUCGUACUGAGCACCCUAGUAUCGCAAAUACUCUCGAUCCAUUGGUACCUGCGGUCCCGAUCCAAGUCCGAGGGCUGGCAGAGGAACGUCGUGAUAGCGCUGCACGUGCUGCAGCUGGGCGUCUUAUGGCGAUACGCCCGACUCCUUGUACCUGUUCAAUUAGCUAGCGUUAAACGGGAGGUUCGAGAUCUGUGCAUACUGAGGCUGGUGCAUGGGUUCGUACAGGCCGCUCCCAUGCUACUUUUACAACUCACUCUUCUACCAGGUGCUGAAAACGACCCCCAAACGGACCUCAUAAAGGUGUCGUCGGCUCUGUCGCUGUUCUCCAUUUGCUGGGCGCUGGCCUCUUUCAGCAAGCACGUGCAGAGCAUCGAUCGACUGGUGUUGACCUGGCUGGGCGUAGUCUCGCAGUUGCUGUGGCGCGGGGGCACCAUCACGGCGAGGGCGCUCGCGCUCUCCGCUUACGCGGCCACCUACAAUCUGUGGGUGUUCCUGGUGCUGGCGCUCCAUUGGGCCUGCAUGUUCCUGUGGCUGUUGUCUCCGCGGAGCCCCUUCCACGGCCAGAGGGGCAGCAAAUUGGGAGUGUGCGCCCUCAUGGCGGCCAUAUACAUAUUGGCGUACAUCAAUUUGCAAGACAAGCCCCACAGGAGGACCAUGGGGAUUUUUUACGUGGUCAUGUUGUUGGAGAAUUGCUUGCUGGUGGGCGCUUGGGUGGUGGCGGUGUGGCCGAUGAGGCCGGAACAUUGGGAAUUAGUGCCAAUUGUUAUGAUAACUCUGUUCAUAUCCGGCAUAGUAUUUAUGCUUGUUUACUACAAAUUCUUCCACGUGAAACGCUUAAUGGAGAAACCGUCCCAACCACCAGGUGUGUUCAAUUGCCGUUUCAGCAGUCCAUCGGCUUCUGCGCUCUAUAGAAAGAAGAAGAAACCGACGACUUUCGUUCCUCCGCCAGGGCUCGGGCCCGUAUCGGUUCCUUUUUGGAGAAGACCUUUACCGUCUUCCAGCGAGAACGAGGGUAGCAGCGUCGGUUCCAGGGUGAACAUUCACCAAAAACUACAAGAGAAGAAGCAAAAACAACUGGCGGAAUUGAAGAUAAUCGAAGAAGAAAUAAAACAGGGUAAAUUAGUCGGUCCCGGUGGUGCUGAAUUCGACGAUAGGCAGCCGAUACCGAGAACGAAGCGUCACGUCGAACCACAUCUCUUAAGUUUAUCCUCUUUGAAUAACUUGGCUUGUUACGGGGUUUUAAAUCGUCGACCGCCGCCCAGAGCCCCGAGGAGCCGCACGCCCGAGUUACUAUUAGCCCCCCGGUACCUUUACUGCGAGUGUCCGAUACCCGAAUCGGAAAUCGCCGAAGUGCCGGUUGCUCAUACGUCCUCCGAUCUGGAGAGUCAAGUGUCCAUUCCGCGUUCCUAUACGUUGCCCAGGGAAUUCAAAUACUAUCGAAGGCAAAGAGUGGGAAGGCCGAUCCAGACGAUUCCGUCUACGAAUAGCAGCGACGGAGACGUGGAUAGCGGAGACGACGAAUCCGAUUGCAAUCCGCCUCCUUUGAAUAUUAUCAGGCCUCUGCGGAGGCAUUUUAGACACGAAACUAAGUUGUGAUUGUGUAACUUCGUAGGAAAAGUCUCUCAAACUCGACUCGUUUUCGAAAUUUGUUCGAAUAUUUUUUUUACGUUUUCGAUUUAGGAAUUGUAUAUAAUUAUAUAUUAUUUAUUAGUGCUCGAUUUUAUUCGAG